CCAGACUUCCACCAUGAGGACUUGAAUUUCCUCAGUCGUAGCCAGCGUUACGAGGUGGCUGUUAGGAAGAGUGCUACCAUGGUGGAGAAGAUGAGGAAGUUUAACAUCGCAGACCCUUCUGAAAUCAUGUGGUUUAAAAAACUACAUUUGGUCAAUUUUGUGGAACCUGUGGGCCUCAAUUACUCCAUGUUUAUUCCUACCUUGCUGAAUCAGGGCACCACUGCUCAGCAAGAGAAAUGGCUGCUUUCAUCCAAAGGACUCGAGAUAAUUGGCACCUACGCCCAGACGGAAAUGGGCCACGCUUUGUGCACCGAGGGCAGUCUGGGCCUCUGGAUCUUCACUUGGGCAUGUUCCUGCCCACCUUGCUUCACCAGGCAACCGAGGAACAGCAGGAGCGCUUCUUCGUGCCCGCCUGGAACUUGGAGAUCAUUGGCACUUAUGCCCAGACAGAGAUGGGUCAUGGAACUCAUCUUCGAGGCUUGGAAACCACAGCCACUUAUGACCCUGAAACCCAGGAGUUCAUUCUUAAUAGUCCUACUGUGACCUCCAUCAAGUGGUGGCCUGGUGGGCUUGGAAAGACAUCAAAUCAUGCGAUAGUACUCGCCCAACUCAUCACUCAGGGGAAAUGCUAUGGAUUACAUGCCUUCAUUGUACCUAUUCGUGAACUUGGGACCCAUAAGCCUUUACCAGGUAUUACUGUUGGAGACAUUGGCCCCAAAUUUGGCUAUGAUGAGAUGGAUAACGGCUACCUGAAGAUGGACAAUUAUCGCAUUCCCAGGGAAAACAUGCUGAUGAAGCACGCUCAGGUGAAGCCUGAUGGCACAUACGUGAAACCCCUGAGUAACAAGCUGACCUACGGGACCAUGGUGUUUAUCAGGUCCUUCCUUGUGGGAGAAUCUGCUCGGUGUCUGUCUAAGGCAUGCACCAUUGCCAUCCGAUACAGUGCCGUGAGGCAUCAGUCUGAAAUCAAGCCAGGUGAACCAGAACCACAGAUUUUGGAUUAUCAAACCCAGCAGUAUAAACUCUUUCCCCUCCUGGCCACUGCCUAUGCCUUCCAGUUUGUAGGCGCAUACAUGAAAGAGACCUAUCAUCGGAUUAAUGAAGACAUCAGCCAAGGGGACCUGAGUGAGCUGCCUGAGCUUCACGCCCUCACUGCCGGGCUGAAGGCUUUCACGUCCUGGACGACUAACACUGGUAUUGAAGCGUGUCGGAUGGCUUGUGGCGGGCAUGGCUAUUCUCACUGCAGUGGACUUCCAAAUAUUUACGUCAAUUUUACCCCAACCUGCACCUUCGAGGGAGAAAACACUGUCAUGAUGCUACAGACGGCCAGGUUCCUGAUGAAAAGUUAUGACCAGGUGCACUCAGGCAAGUUGGUGUGUGGCAUGGUGUCCUACUUGAAUGACCUGCCCAGCCAGCACAUCCAGCCACAGCAGGUGGCCGUCUGGCCAACCGUGGUGGAUAUCAACAGCCCUGACAGCCUGACAGAAGCGUACAAGCUUCGUGCGGCCAGAUUAGUAGAAAUUGCUGCGAAAAACCUUCAAACUGAAGUGAUUCACAGAAAAAGCAGGGAGGUAGCAUGGAACCUAACUUCCGUUGACCUCGUUCAAGCAAGUGAGGCACAUUGCCACUAUGUGGCAGUUAAGCUCUUCUCAGAAAAACUCCUCCAAAUUCAAGAGAAAUCCAUCCAAGCCGUCUUAAGGAAUUUGUGUCUCCUGUAUUGUCUGUAUGGAAUCAGUCGGAACGCAGGGGAUUUUCUUCAGGGGAGCAUCAUGACAGAGUCUCAAAUCACCCAAGUGAACGAGCGCAUAAAGGAGUUACUGACUGUGAUUCGCCCUGACGCUGUUGCUCUGGUUGAUGCAUUUGAUUUUCAGGAUGUGACACUGGGCUCUGUGCUUGGCCGCUAUGAUGGGAAUGUGUACGAAAACUUGUUUGAAUGGGCCAAGAAGUCCCCACUGAACAAAACAGAGGUCCAUGAAUCUUACCACAAGCACCUAAAGUCACUGCAGUCCAAGCUCUGAAGUGGCUUGAGGAUAAGUUCAAUCUGCUCCCAAAAGUAACUGUACUCUACUCCCCUUCUACCUGUCACACAGAUUUGCGUGGAAUCUUUAUCAAAUUUAGAAAAGCUAGAGCAAAUGAUAAAUUGACCCUUUUCUCUUUUUAUAAAU